CAGCAGCUCCACCCAUUGUGAAAAUGGCAGAUGAGUCUGUUGUUAUUGCACAGUUGGAGGAAGCUGCAAGAUUUCUCUUUGCUUCUGAUAUGGGAGUUCCUGCUAGCAAACGAGAAGAGGCUGAAAUUUGUUUUAAUCAAUUGAGAAGUAUUCCAAGACCGUAUUCUCUUUGUCAAUGUAUUUUAGGUAGCAAUUGUUCAUCUUAUGUUAAAUUCCAAGCUACUGUCACUAUGAAAGAAGCUUUUAUGCGAGAAUGGACUCAAAUUCAACCAGAAGAAAGACAUAUAAUGUUGAAGCAACUUUUUGAUUUUGUUGUAGCUAAUGAUAGCAGUUUGUCUGAUUACGUUCAAAAACAGAUUUUUGUUUUGAUUUCUAUUGUAUUAAAGCGAGGAGCAUUAGAAGAUAAUGGAGGAAUUGUACUAAAGUCCUAUAUUCACAAUAUUUGUCAGUCUCUUUGCAAUUUAUUAAAUGUUGAGAUUGGUUGCUGCUUUUUGUUAACAUUGCUUUCGGAAUUCUCUUCUAGUGAAGGAUCAAGUUCUAUUGGACUGUCAUUGGACAGUCAUUUUAGGUGUAAAAGAUGUAUUGAAGAAAGUGGUGGACUGCUUUUGGUGAUAACAGCAGCAAUGCAGGCACUUGCCUCUUUUGUAAACAAAUUGGAAUUUUCAAAAGAAAACAACAUUUCUUUAUUAGUAUCACUUAACUUGGAAAUUUUAUCAUGGGAUUUUUCAUCAUCUACUCUUCAUGGCAUAAAGUCUGUGACAUCAUUUAUGAGCAAUGUACCAUUGAAGCCACCACCUUCAUUUAAUGAUAUUCUGUUAGAUCCUGCUAUAGUUCAUGUAUUUCUAAAGCUCUUUAAUAAUUUUUCUGGUGGAUCUGACAUUGUUGUAUCUGUUUGUCAAUGUUUGUCACAAUUAGCUUCUCUGUCUGGAGCUAUUUUUUCCUCUAAAGACAUUGGAAGGUCUUAUGCCAUUAAUUUUGUUAAGACACUGAUUUCAUCUCUCAUGCAAAAUUUGCAUCUAAGUGACAAAGCAUUAUAUGGAAUUACCUGUGUUUUUCGUCGUUUUUUAUCAAAUUUUUGUCACUUACUGUUUGUGAUACUGACUGAAGAGACUUUGUUGGCCUUAUCAAAAGUCUUAGUUCACCUUUUUGAAAUUAGUUCACAAAGAUCAGCUACAAUUGAGAUGUCUCAUGAAGAUUCAUCAAUGUUAGAAGAGUCAUACUGUUUUAUUCUUGAAGGAAUUUACCGUCUCAUAGAACCUCCAACUGGUAACUUUGCUGGCUAUUUAAAGGAAUCAUUGCUCACUUUGGUUACUGUUUACCUUCGAAAUAAGCUAAAUCAUCCUCGUGGGUUACGACAGUAUUGCACUGGUUUUUGCACUACUUUGGAUUUCACUGACGAUGAUCGCGAGAUCUAUUAUGACGAAUUGAGUUAUUUAGGGUUUAUUUCACGUCACAUUUUAACAGAUUUCCUGUCUAUGCUACUUGAUUUAUUUAAUCAGUGCUAUUCCAAAUGCACAGAACUGAUAGCUGUUUUGUCAUCAUCAGAAUCUAAUACUGCUGCCGUGUAUGAAAUUGAGGCUCUUUUUGAAGAUAUUCACUGGCUUCUUUUGAUUGCAGCUUUCACAUUGACUGAUGUUGUUGAGGGUGAAGAGUGUGUAAUUCCUAAACAAAUACAGAGCCAUUCUUUUGAACAUCAGACUAAUGAUUUAUUUACACUGGAACAGCUCGUGUAUAAUACUGAUCAUAGUAAUACCAGUUCUGUGGAUCCUGUUGUUUCACUUAUUGUUUGUUUGUGUCAGUGGUGCGUGAUUGAAAAGGAUAUGAUUGAUAAAGGUUUAAAGGACUUUGUUAGUCCUCAGGUUUCUGAAUCAGCCACUUGGUCAUUGUUCACUGUUUGUAAUACUUAUCUUCUGUCAUCAAGAAAGUAUGAGAAGAUGAGUGAUAUAUUGUCAAGAAUGAUUGUUAGUGACACUGAUGAAUCAAGAUGGCUUUUGUUUUUUAUACUGGAUAAAGUAUUAUUUAAUACAUCUGUUUGGAUGUCAGAAGAAAAGCUAUGUAUUUGUUCCAUGAAAUUGCUUACUAAAUUGUGCCAAUCAAGUCCAUUGAGGUCUACAUAUUUAUGCAAUUCAGAGAAAAUGUGUUCAUUUAUGAAAGCUUGUGCUAGUGGCCAGCAUUGUUUAGCUAUGUGUUCUCCAUCAGUACAAAGAGAGAUCUUUAAAGGACUUGUUUCAUGUGCUUCUGGAGACAAAAAUGCUGAAUUUUUGAAUGAGCUCUUAGGUCUAUUAUACUCUCAAUUUGAAGGAUUGAUGGCUUCAUUUGAUAGUCAAUCCCUCAAUGAGCAGAAACACUUGUUAAUGCUGCUGGAAUCAAUCAAUGGUGUUAUAGUAGCAUCUCAUAAUUCAAUUGUGAAUGUGGUGUUUCCUUUUAUCUUACCAAUCCUUUCAACUUGUGUUCAAAUUAUGGAUCGUGUUUGUGAUUUCCAAGAUCUAUAUCAAGCUAUACUGAAGUUGUUUUGUCAUGUCUCAGAAAAUUUUCUUCUCUUUUUAAAUGAUGUCAGUGUGAGUCAGUUAUAUGAUAUAUGCUCAACACUUGUAUCAGUUUAUGCAAAGAUUAUUGUUGGCAAGUACUGCAAAAAGAUGUCUGAUGAUAUGGACUAUGACGAUCUUACCUUUUUUAUUGAAACUCUAUCUCACCUUACCACGAAAGAUUACAUUGAUUUUUCUCAAUCUGAUACCAAUGAUGUAAGUAUACAUGUUGAUGUUGUUUUAAAGGGACUGUGUGCUAUUCUACCUGCAGUUCAUGUGAAUGAAGAUCUGUUAAAGUAUCCUGAUAUUUGCAAGAAAUUCUACGAACUGUUGCAUUAUGUAUGUGAAAUAUUUCCUGAAAGUUUGUUAACACUACCCACAGAUUGCAUUGAAUACACCUUCACACUAAUUGGAUUGGGGUGUGUCAGGUUUGGUGCUGACAUAAGAGUUCUUUCUGUUGAAUGCAUAGAGUCAUUAAGUAACUGUUCACCUACUGUUAAUUUAGACUUGUUUAUUCAAGGCUUAAAGUUUUUUUUGAAAGAGUUAUUUAAAGAAAUGCUUAUGUCUUAUCAUGAAACUAAUACUAUAUCUCAUUUUAUUGCUGCUAUUUAUCAACUGAUGUGCUGUCUUAAAGAACAUUCGAUUAAUGUGGAUAGUAUACUUCUCAAUGAAAGCUUUGGUAAUAAUAAAGGUGUCAAGGAAUUGUUACAGGCAAAUCAGUCAAUACUGACAGGGUCAAAAGUUCACCGAAAAGAGUUUCAAUCUUAUGUGAUGAAAUGUUUGCCUACCAUUCGUGACAGUUGUUUUCAUACUACUAACAAUGUUUAAUUGCUUUUAAAA